AUGAACACCUCCAACAUCCCAUGCUACCAGCACCUCUUACGUAAGUGAGAAGUGUGCUCGUGGACGCUUCUCCAGGUUGUUCGUAUGCCACACGUGAGGUCUGAGCAGUCCACCUCCUGUGUGAAAUCCCGGUGUGUCCACCUAGGAUCCAGGUCGUGUGUGUGUGGCAGGCGCAGACGGGCCGUUUUUAUUUCUGCCAGCCAUCGCUACCAAUCAUAGCAUCAGUUGGUUGACCGGCUCCUACAACCGAUUGGUGCCCAGGAGUGGGAAGGCAGAGUCAGGUCGACGGUCUCAGCGCAAUGCAGUGCGCUUGAAUUUAUCAGGGUACACUAAUAGCCGUGACUUGGAAGGUUGCCAAUCGACGAUUUAAUUUGGACCUUGCUUUCAGCCAAGUGUCUGCUUGCGUAGAGCGGCCUGGUGGAUUUAGAGUCAGGCUUUAACGGCUCCUUCUAAAUGGGGCCGCUAUGGCACUCCCACUCAGCUGGUGUGGUGGCAUGCCUAGAUGCAAGUUUAAUCUUGCCAGAAACUUGCGCAUUCUCCAGCUCCUGAUCUUCUUGACCCUGUCAUGACACUGAACCCAGAUGGAGAAGAAGAGGGUGCGGUUGGUGCCGCACAAGUUUACUAUUACUAUAAACGAAUUCACACGCCAGUCAGCGUCCCUGUUCCCAUCCUGUUGCGGAGCAUUUGGUGAACAUCGUAAGAAACGACCGUCAAACAGGUCAGACUAUACGCAUGUUCAGAUCGCGCAUACACGAACAUAAGCUGACGGAGUGAGGAUGUAUCGCAAGUGACUGCCCACACUUUCCAAACAGGUCACGAGUUUAAUUUCGCAGCCAUCAAGAUAAUUGCUCACAACGGAAGCCAGGGAAGCCGAGAAUCGAUCGAGGUCUAGGCCUCGGAUGAGAACUCAGUCUUCUGUUGGAUCGGUCUGGCGCCGGCAUACUGAGUCCUGCGUAGGCACUUCCAGACCUGCAUCACUCGUCAUCGAUUGACUGCUACCCCCUAUAACCGUCGCUUGUGCUGUUGCUGCUAUCAUCUCUGACGGUGGACUCGCGCACGACUUCGAAAACCUCGGAUCAAUAAACAAAUGGCGCCGAUGCUCAGAUAGCCGCCUUCUUACUCAUAUUAUAAUAUCCAACGAGUGGGUUUUGUAAGAGACCUUUAUGGCGAGCAAGACUGUGCUACUUCAUAGGAAUCUUGACGUUUUCACUAUAAAAAACGCCAGGAAACAAUUUAUUGUACGCUGGAGGUCUGCGCGACCGUUGCUGAAUCACGUAUGUUCUAGCGCCCUUCCCACACCUUUCUAAGUCGUCUUUCAGGACAAAAGAAUCCUAAAGUUUCUGGCUUGCGCAUUCAUCUGAUGCUGUGAUGAACACCUUCAGUCAUUAGCGGAUUUUCACGGGCCUCUGGCGCUAACUAAACUGAGGCACCCCGGGAGCUUCAUAGUGAUUGUGGGUCGCUCACAGGCAACCAGAACCAUCACUAGCCAUGAGGUGUACGCGUUGGUGAUUAGGGCGGCUUUUUCGUGACUUCAUUCUUCUCCCGUCAUGCGUAUUCUGAUGGCGGGACUAGAUCGAACGACCUGAGGUGCUGGCAAGGCUAGGCCGCCGACCAUCGCGUACUACACGCGGUCUAUUUCCCCACUCCACAUUUACCCAGUUUCAGUGGAAGAGGGGCCUUGAAUUCCCUACCAGUGUUUCCCAGGUGUCUUGGCUAAUCUGGAGACACAUGGCAGAGAUCUUCGAGAUGACAUUAUUUUCAUUUGUCCUGCCGAUAGGACGGGUGAUCAUUCGAGGUCAGCGUUGGUCCUCAACUGAGGAAUUUUCCCUAUGGCUCUCUCGAAUGUUUUAGACGUGCAUUUGAGGACGUCCCUAAGUGCUUCACCCAGCGUUCCAGAAUCUACCUUCUCACCGGCACUAGGCUGGCAUCGUCUGAGAUGGGCAUUGGCGCAGUCUACUUGCCUUGGGGCCGUAGACUGUUUUGAUGUUCCCGAAGAAGUUAUUCGUUUUACCGCGGUCUGCGUACUCCUAAAUUUAUCCUGCUCCACUGGGAUUCGACACUGGAAAUAUACGUUUUUGCCUACACCGACCCCCCUUGAUGGCAUGGGUUGUGUGCGGCCUAUAGCUUUUCAGGCAGGAGCUUCUGGACCUGCAGUCGGUGACCCUGAUCUCAUAAAAUAUCAGCGGGAAUUCUGAAACGCGGUUUCGAUUAUGAAGGGCUACUUGAGUGGAUCUGCAAUAUUGAUCGUCAUGCGGCAUAUUCAUAUGAUCUUUCAGGCACGACUGGAUGUUGGCUUUCGAAUGCACUCCUUUUCGAUCGCUUGCAAAAACCGCAUAUGAUAAAAAUGACCGCGUAGCUCGUGUGCUUUAUCGUUGAUUUCAGAUACCCUUUUAAAUUCAAAUACUUUUUAUAGACAACGUACACAAAAUAUCCUUUUUGUUCUUAUUUGGUAUUUUGCAGAAAGUCACCUGCUCUUUAAAUAUUAUGCUUAAGAAAGGAGUAUAGUUCGGCUUGAAAAAAGUUUCCAAUGAUGAAAUUUUUCAAGACUGCAAUAUCCAUUCCAGUAGCAUCGCAUCUGUCUGUUUAUUACCGCUCUCCGUUAACUUUGCAACACGGUCCACAUUCGUUGCAAGGGUUUGUGGUAAGAUGUGGGUUGGUAGCCCCACCUGGUGGACACAAUACUGUUGGGUUUGAGGGUUAAGGUUCAGGGUUAGGGGUUAGGGCUUAGGGUUUAGGAUUAGGCGUUAUAGUUAGGGGUUAGGGUAAGGGGUUAGCGCAACCAUUUCUCAACCAUUUAAAGUACAGCAGCGCAUUCCCAAUUGCUUUUCUUUUGCACACAAUUGCUUUCCCUGUGGCCUGUGCGUUCCCCGGCCGCCCCGGCAAAAACCUCUGUGGUAGGGGGCGCUCACCGAUCGUUCUUACGGAACUCACUCGUUCCGUUGCGCCUUACUUGACAUCGUUGCCUGUGCGUUCCUCGGUCCCACCUGUGAAAAUCUCUAUUACCACCUGUCCCGUAUAAGAGGAGACUGGGGUUUGCUUACUUCAGGUGGGGCUACAUAACCAAUCCAAUCCCAAUCGAGGACGCAUUUCAGAAUUUUGGUUAACAUUACUUAAGGCACGUCACUGACUGUAUUUUUCGUCGUCGUUAAACCGGUCUCUCUCUCUCUCUCAAAUAAAAGCAUCAAUAGUAAUAAAAAUGUAAUUCCAAAGAAAAAUAUCAAAAUAGGAGGCAUUCACCGGUGGGAGGGAGGGAGGCGAGCCGUUUAUUAACUGUCCGUCACUCACAAUGACAAUAUUGAUCAUCCGUCUUUAGACUGGUGUUUCCUCUGCAUAACUAACACAAAAGGGUAAUUGGGUCGCGCGUUUCAUGGAACCUGAGGUUUUAGUCUUGUGAGUUUUGGAUCUCAUGCAACUGAGAGUGUCAUAAAGACCACAUUAAGGAGGACCUAUUGUGGCUGCCUCGUCGGUCGGCAGUCUUCCGAGCCCGACUGUUAGAGCAUCGUUGUUGUUUCAACGAGCGUUUGGUUGCUUUUAGCGAGUAGCCAAUUGCUAGAUCCUUUUCUGCUCUUCCAUACUCCGUCUGAGUCAAGCCGGGUGGGGAUGAGAUUGGUAGCGGUAGCUGAGGUGACGUGAAGUCGCCGUCUGACGUCUCUGGGAUGCAGACUGGACGGCUGCCGACCUUCCUGACUGCGACUUUUAAUGCCUCCCGAUAGCCUGCACUCGCCAGGCUUAUUUUAGGGAUAAAUGCGCUUGAGGGGGAAUGCCUCAGGAUGUAACUCAUUCUCCCUUCCUGCCACCAAGCGUCAAUGGCCCGUCCGAUCUCGUCAGCAGACUGUAGAUGAGAUUAAAUGCAACAGCUCUCGCGGCGUGAAUGUCUCCGUCUACUUCGGUCGCGCACGUACCGGUCCCUAACUUCGCGUGACUAAACUUCCAAGAAAAUUGGAAGUUACGCACGUGGGUACAUACAGUGCUUCACCCGCCAGCUAGCAAAUCGCACCUGGCGAUUAGUGCUUGGACAGUGUAUGAUGCUUUGCUGGUCUUCCAUGUGUAUACUCACGUGACCGAAAAGCCCAUGCAUUGCCUGAGUGUACAUGUGGGUUUGCAUGCGAAGUAAACUUCCAUAAAGACGUGAAUUGUGUUGUUUUUCUGAAUAAUGCCUGCACCUAUGGCUGAGUGGGGCUGAGCGAGUUCCUGUCAUCAGAUCUUCUGCGACAGUGAGGGGGACAUGCCCAUGAUUUGAGCGUGACCGUAUUUAUUCGCUUGCUGAAAUUUAGUCGACGUCCGGUGCGUCUGUUUCACCGACUUAAUAUCCUUCCGAGGUAGAUGUGGGUCAUCAGAGUUAACAGAGGUCUCCCCUUUGGGGAAUCUGUCGGUCGCUCCCCCUGGUUUUUCCAAUGAACGUUUUAGAACCCUCUACGACACGGACGAUGAUUGCCAAUAGAAGCAAAGAGACGAGUCCCAGGAAGUAGUCUUGAAGAAGGAGACACGGUCGCCGGGACAAGAGCUUUAUUAACCUGACGUUUCGGAUUCCUACUCGAAUCCAUCAUCAGAGACAAAAAAGCAGAAACGGGUUGUUGUUGCACAAGGGGCUGCGGUAUUUAUAGGAUGCAGUAGCCAUGCUACCGCAUACCUAUGAACAUUCACGGCUCCCCCCUUCAUCCGGGGUCGUCGCACUUGGUCUGAUCAUUGCUUGAUGGCCGACAUUCGAGUCCAUAAUUGCUGCAAUUUCAUCACGUGCGUUGGAUGUUGGCGUGAUGAUUGCUCGACCAUCUGACGCAUCGACCCCGGUGUUGGGAAAAGUGUUCACCUCUGCGCUCCCCGCAUGGCUUGUUACCCCGCCUAGGCGAAGUUUCAGUACGGAGUAUGGAGUGGGAAGAUCGUUGCACUUGUUGAUGGACUGGGGGCCAGUAAACCAUGAUUCCAGUAGCUCCCGGCUCACUCGGUUGUCACCUCUUGCGAGAAUUUCGGCCUCAUCGAAUUUGAAUAUGUGGCCGGAUCUCGUCGAAUGAGCCGCAACUUGAGAGCUGGCGUCAUUUCUGAGCACCGCUGCCGCGUGUUCCGCCAUUCUCGUUCGGAGCUGUCUUCCGGUUUCUUCGACGUAGUUGCUUUUUCCGCAACUGCACCAGAUCCGAUAAACGAUUCCAGACGUUCCCAGCCGUGGCAGUGGGUCUUUCGGUUUCAUGAUCAGACGCCUGAUGGUUGCCUCCGGUCUGUGUGCCAGUCCAAACCCAAGUGGUGCGAGAAGGCGGCCGACAGCUUUCGAAACGUUCUUGACAUACGGAAGUGCCCGCCAAGAUUUGGUGUCCGUGCAGUUGCGGAAAUGAUGUUAGAUCUUCAUAGUUGGAUCCUAGUCUGACAAAACGGUGAAUUUAGUAGAGACGCCAAUGCGUGAUCGUGUCGGAGGACAGUCCAAAGCACUUAGAGUGGGCGCGACUUGAUAUUCUGCAUUCCUCUUCGGGAGCUUCUGGUUCCUACUGCAAUUGCCCAACUGAAGCAUUAGGUACAUAAAAGUGUCCCCUGUCUAAAAAUUCUGGAAAGCGAGAUCUUAUUACCGUUGAUGAUAAUCCGUGGGGUAGGUGACUCCAUCUAACCGACCGCAGCGAUAGGAAUCCGAUCAUAUCGAAUGCAGACAUCACGUACAGGACACUAGUAAAUCGGUGUAUUUGGCGUGCUUAUUACGCUCUCUCCUCGGCCGAUGGCACCCCCUCCGCUGAAGUCAAGGUGGGCACAACCCAUUUUUGAGGCCAAAGACGCUCAUGCAAUGGAAUUACAAGUAAUGUAUGCCGCAAAAUUUUGCGCAAGAGAAAUGGUCUCGUUUUAUACUAACAAUAUCUCCCCACUGGAUACUGUUGAGUCCACUUGAACUCUUGCUGACCUAUAGAAGUAGUUGAAAUUAAAGCGGGCCUAAUUAACGAUAUUAUUCGUCUCAUGACGCAGGUUACUUUCGCGUUAUUUGGUGCGGAUGAAGCAAGAGAGGUAUAUUCGGUGGACGCCGUCGAGAUAAAGGAGGGAAGGCGGAACAAGUUGCUAAAAAUCAGACUGGACAAAGUGUCGACAGUGAAGGUGGGCGAAACACCUCAUCUCCCGAUGCGGUCUUAUUGCCUUGCUAGUUGACAAGUAAGGUAAAGAUAGUUGAGAAGGCCGACAAGUCAACAAGGUAAACACGGCGUUUUACCAAGACAUUUGUGGCAACACCUUCAUUGACGAUAUGAGGCCAGCUUUCGAAGUUAGACGCCCUAUGGGGGCCAUAAUCGAUAGGGCGCCUUCUUGUGUCAACGUACUUGACACAGUUAGAUGUUGGCUUUUGAUGGAAGACCACCUCGGUAAGAUAUGGUUAUGUAGUCCCACCUGAUGGACACAAUAAUGUUAUGGUUGGGGUUAGGGUCAGAGGUUAUGGUUAUGGGGUUAGGGUUAGGGAUUAGAGUUAGGGGUUGGGACAACUAUUUCUCAACCACUCAAAGUACAACCGCGCAUUCCCAAUAGCUUUUCUUUUGCACAAAACUACUUGACCUCGUCGCCUAUGGGCUCCCCGUCCCCGCCUCUAAAAACCCCUAUUACCACCGAUCCUGUAUUUCAAGUGGCUGGGGUUUCUUUACUUCAGGUGGGGCUACAUAACCACAUCCGACCGCCACCUCCACCCUUAUCUACGUCCUACGUAACAACAGCCACUUAAGUGGUGUGUAAUAUUCGAGCAGUUUUUUUCAUAUUUUUUAAAAUACAGAAAUCGUUUUUGAAAUCAAUAGGAAAGUCGUUAAUUUAUUGCAGUCCUAUCGCUGGAAACGUAUUCGUCUGGAAACGGUGCACUGGAAGAAAAAGACGGAUAUUUAAAUUUGCAAAUGCAAAGUUGUCAGAUUUAAGGGCCUGUUGAAAUGCUUGCUUUCCAAUGGUUCUUCUCCAUGGAAAAGUUUGUUGGUCAGUGUUUAGCGAGUCUUGGCUAUUACUGUGCCACAAGUGGUAGCCUGCCUAUCGUCUGCAAGUCCACGCUAGCCAGUCUACUCGGGAUCUCAGGACGUGCCCUCACGAAAGCAUGCUUUCCCCACGAAGUCCGAGAACGGGACGUAUCGAACUAACCUGGCUGUCUUUUCUAACGUGGCAGCCUGCGUCUAGACUAAAGUGUAAGGUGGUGCUGUCCUUUCUCCCCUCACGCACCCAAAUAAUCGGCACAGUUUUAGGACAUGUUGAUUAAAUGCUUUUGUGAUCAUGAUGUACGGCCUCGGCGCAGCGGAAUAUAUUGUUCUUCGCCACUUUCGCUGAGCUAGUGUCCAGAACAGGGAGGAAUCCUCCGCACAAGUCCUCAUCCGCUUUGUGCCUCUACAAGUGGUAACUUGUCGCCUCUCGUCUCAUUUUAUUAUAAACGUUGCCAUCAAUUGCUGUGUCGUUUAAGAUUACCCAACUGAUUGUACUCCAGCUCAGUCCUUUAUAACCUCCCUUUGGACUUAACGGAACCAGUACAUUUCGAGGUGUGCCUUGAGGUGCUUCCAUAUAACUAUUUUCGCUGAACAACGACAAGGGAAGGAGGUUCCAAGACCAUCCUGCCGACUAACGAUUUUGCGUUGACUGCUGCCUGCUAAUUACAAACCUUAAAUUAAUCGCUUGGCAGACUUUUUCAGCUCGUGGCGCACUCACCAGAAAAAACGUUUAUCGAGGCACGUUGACUAAAACAACAAAAUUCCAUUGUACAUGUGGUUUAUUGACCUUGUUGUUCUCUUUAAAAAUUUAAGAGGUUAAGAAAGCAGUCCUUAGAGUACCUCUGCCUUGGUAUAAUUUAGAGGAAAUAUCGCACAUUAACCUGCGAAAAUCGGGAAUUUAAAACUCGUAUACAUUUUGUAUGUUCAAAUGAAAUAUAGUACUAUACGAGUAGGCCGAAAAGUGAGAGAACACGGGCUCCCUUUUGGACAGACUUUUUACUGCAACUUCGUCGCCACGGAUAUUUCAAAUGACUGACGGAUCUCUUGACCCGUUUCACCUGCAUUUCAAAGCACCACCUCUACAUCCCUCACCACCACUGAUAACACUCCAGAUGUCCCGUCAACCACCGCCCCUGCGACCAGCAAUUUAGACUCGACCCCAACCUGUUAUCAUUGCCAUCACACUUUCACCUCACGCAUACAACCGGUCGGUCACCCGAAUCCAUUGUACUGAGACCGGCGCACCAGUGCUAGGAACCCCGACAUACACUCGCUACGUCCGCCUCCACUGUCCGCACUUCCCACUUGCAUUCAAUUAUCGCAUGAGCCUACCCGCCCACAUGCGCAUCCGUGAAAAUCUGUGGUAAAACACCGCCGGUUGAACACCGUCAUCACCACCUCACCACCAUCAACACACACAUCAAACACGAACCCAUCCCUCAUCACCUACCACAAGCACAAAACGACAUCUCUCACACAAGUGGGGAUUCUGCUCUUUCGCCUCUGAUACUGUAACGAAUUCGGGCUCCGAGCGGCCCGCCCCCCUCGCGUGAAAUCCUGCUGUGUUGUGUGGGGGCCAGGUCAUAUGUUUGGCACGCGCAAACGGGCUGUUUUUAUCUCUGCUAGUGAUAUCUCCCAGUCUCAGUAUGAGCUGGUUGACGGGCUCGUACAAUCGGUGGGUACCCGGGAGUGGGAAGAGAGAGAGAGAGUGAGGUCGAUGGUGUCAGCGUAUAAUUUCUCACCAAUAAGCAAUCCGGUGCGCUUGAAUCUAUCACGGUGCGCUAAAAUACCGUGACUUGGAAGGCUACCAACUGACGGGAUAACUCGAUCCUCCUCUCAGGACGGAGAGUUAGACCGCAGUAACUCCCUCUUCAUGUGGCCUUUAUAGAACUCCCACUUAGUUGGGAUCUGAACCAUCCCCCUUUCUUGUUGUGCGGAAUCCCAACCCUAUGUGCGUUUACCAGAAAUGUGGUGACACGUGUAGGUGCGGAUUGACUUCGCGCCAGCCACCUGCUUCCAAUUCCACCUUCGUUCGUCUUGACUUUGUCAUGAUACUGGUUUCGGCUGAAAGAAGAGAAGAAGGCGCUAGAGAUUCAGCCCGAAUUUUCUAUCAUUACAAACUAAUUCAUGUCCUAGUCACUGUCUCUGUUCCCUCCCUGCUGUGGGGCACACGGUGGUUAUUGUCGGUAACGACAUUCAAUCGUCAUUUCACGGCAGAGUUUACCAUCUCCUGUGCCAAUCCCUAACGAGCAGCUUCGCUUUUAUUGAUCCACGCCUUGCCUGCACGAACUAGACUAUCUAAAAGUGGGCUGAUUUGUCUUAGUAUGUAUUUCUCCGUAUUUAAUGCCAUAAAGUUUUGGGUGUAAUUUAACCCCAUUCAUCAUAAGUUCGGCAUAUGAACGGCUUGUUAGAGUUGAAAGAAAUAUCUACUAGGUAAAAACGAGUAGACAUGUUGUUUGUCUUUCGAAUAAGUUCCGUCGUUUUGCUUAGCCAAACACAAACGGGUAGAGAGCCGGCGGUCCAUAACCUAUAGCACAAUUACAGUAGAUGUGCUAACUCAUAAAAUGUUAGCCGAAAUUCGGAAAUGCUCUUUCGACCCGAAGAGAUUAUUAAAGUAGGGUUGUAAUAUUAAGCACCAUGCCGCAUAAUCCUAUGACAAUUCAGUAACUUCAGGACGUCGGCUUUUGAAUGAACUUCUUUCCGGCCGUCUGCGAAAACUAAACUCCGUAAAGAUGACUACUUAAGAAGCACGAAUUUUUCUCAUCGAUUUUCGAUACCCCUAUAAACUCAAUUAUAGUUCGUGGAAAACAUACAUAAAAAUAUUCAUGCAUUUACUCAUUUGGCAGAAACUUACGUCUUCUUAAAAUUUUAUACUUGCAGAAAUGGUAUAAUUCGGUUUUCAAAAACUUUUUUAAUUCCCGAAUCAUAUGGAGUUCAUUAAAUUCAGCUGUGGAUUUGAGCCAUGUUGUAAACUUUACUAGCAACAUUACUUGAUUCAGAGACAAGAUGUUUUAUGAACGUGCAAUUCACGGUCUUAAGAAAUCUCAUAAUCUGACACUUUUUUAAAACCGUAUUAACCAUUUCUUCAAGUAUAACAUUUGAAGACGUGUUUUUCUACCAAAUGAGUAUGUUUUCCAUGAACAAUAAUUGAAUUUACAAGGGUACCGAAGAUCGAUGAGAAAAAUUCGUGCUACUUAAGUAGUCAUCUUUACAGAGCGUAGUUUUCGCAUACGGCCGAAAAGAAGUUCAUUCAAAAGCCGGCAUCCUGAAGUAACUGCAUUAUUAUGGGAUUAUGCUGCAUGGUGAUUAAUAUUACAACCCUACUCAAGUAACCUUUCGAGUCAAAAACGCAUUUCAGAAUUUCUGUUAACAUUUCAUGAGUUAGCACAUCCACUGUAUUUAACAACUCGAAGCUGAUAAAGGGGCUCUGGUUUCAAUACAGCUUCUUAAAAUUGCUUUUAACAAUACAAGCUGAGGCGAAUUUUGAAAGUAAUUAAUCAAAGCCACUGUUAGAAUGUCUGUGCAUUUUGUGGUGACGAGAAGAUCACGAGGCUUAUUAAUCACUAAAACACGGUGGAUGAUUGUACAUCUACUUUUCUUCAGGAUGUUCGCAGAAACCCAAGAAAGACCGGACCCCCUUCUCCCCGUUAGCGCGUGUACAGGUAGCCGUGAUACCAGCCUGGUUGCAGUUUGACUGAUGUUAGUGUGAUUGCUAGCAUAAAUCGUGAAUUGUAAUACGUAAUAUCGGAUUGUUCACCGGCGUUUGCUUGAUCUCUAACCUAUGUGAUGCAGUUGCUCACCGUGACGCUUGAUCCUGCUGCAAUGGGCAUUUCUGACGCUUGACAAAAUAUGCCUAAGUCUGACUGGUUUUUGGAUUCAGACCUCUGCCCUUGAACACGAAAGUGCCGACUUAUGAAAACUUAGAACUGACAAUUAUUCUGGAGUUGGUCUUGCGGACAACUAUUUCCACCCAGCCAUUCAUGUGUGCUGCUGCCUGUUGUUUUAUUUCCGUCAGACAGCACUUUAGUGUAGUGCCGUUUUCACGCUCCGGCGUGACUGCUGUGGUGCCCGACAAUCUGACUUGUAUUUUUGUCUUGCUGUAUUAUCUCCUCUUUGCAUUUGCGACUUAUUGUGCCUCCAACGAGACCAUUAGAGGAAAAGUCCGUUAUGCGCCAUCUUUCGCGUUGAACUGAAUGUCUGGGAAAACGUUUUUUUUGGAGAAAUAGUCAAAAUUCUGCUGCACUGAACUGCUGCCAUGGCGUUGUUAGCGUUAAAUCUCCAAAAAUUCUUAUCAUAAUUUCUGGAAUUUAUUCUCUCCUUUUGAAAGGAUCGUUUGCGGAGCAUGUCGAAGUAGUGUUAACCGUCUGCUCAUGUGAGCGCGUCUAGACAUGAAGGCAACUACUGGUACACAGGCCUUUUAACUGUUGGACAAUCCGUAGAAGCUGACGACUGGUGUGCUGAACUGAUAUAUCCCUAAUUAGUCAUCAAAAGAGACAUUCCUUCUGUACCUCAACUCACUUAAAAACUUCGUUAAGCUGUCUUGUCUUUGGACAGCAAUGUAUGUCUGCCAGCCUUCGCAUUUGCGAGUCAUUUACCAACACCGCCUGUCGUUCAGCUUUGAGAGGGGGGAGAGAACGAGGAGAAUGCACGUUCCCCUAAAAAACCAGCUAGCCAUGAAGAAUUUAGCUAAAAAUUAGUUUGCAGAGAAAUGACUGGAAUGCGUCAACGACUGGGCGCUACUGUCAUGUGUGCCUGUUUCUGCGUAUAAACUACGUAUCACCUCUCACAAGACUGGCAAAUUCCAGACACUGCAUGUAACCCACUUUUGAUCCUCAAGUAUGCUAAAGUCUUCCUACAGGCGGGCACGCCACCCCGUCGGGGUACUUGCAGCUCAUGCGUCGCUGUGCCUCGAGAUAAGUUUCCCCAGUUGUUGUGCCUUUGCGUAAAUGUCAGAAAUACCUUGACGCGUUUGGGAGAGCCUAAGGGGUAUGCAAAUAAACAGAGUCAUCAGUCCUGAUUCGCGGAGUCGAGACUUCUGGUGGAUAGAGUUUUUGCGCAUCACUAAUUUGCCAAAGUUAGAAGGAUGGAAAAUAUUAAUGCCCAACAUAUGUCCGUGCUGCCAGCGAAGCUUCAGGACUCGCACUUCUCCUGGAUGACAUCUUCGCAUCCUUCGAGCUAUUAACAGAAACGUGGUCUUGAAGCAGGGGACACGAUCGCUGGAACAAGGGCUUUAUUAGCCUGACGUUUCGGAUUCCUGCUGGAACCCAUCAUCAGAGACAAAAACAGAUACGGGUGGGUCAUGCAUAAGGGGCAUCACACCACGGGCACCGAUCCCUGAUGAAGGGGGGGGGGCGUGAACAUUCAUAGGUAUGCGGUAGCAUGACAACUGCAUCCCAUAAAGACUGCAGCCCCUUAUGCAUGAACCACCCGUAUCUGCUUUUGUCUCUGAUGAUGGGUUCGCGCAGGAAUCCGAAACGUCAGGCUAAUAAAGCUCUUGUCCCAGCGAUCGCGUCUCCUUCAUCAAGACCGCUUCCUGGAACCGAUCUCUUCACUUCUAUUAAAAACGUGGUUAUUAUGCUGAGUAACACUACCCCCAUCACUCUAGCUCGGAAAUUACGCAGCGUCCUAGAAUUAUAGACUGCAGUGCAACGAGCACUCCAGUUUAUCUGCCCAUGAGCAAUCAUUUGCAGCUUCAACAUCGGAUGGAGCGUUCGAUGUGGUGACUACGACCUGUGUGCCUGACUGCCGUUUACUUUGCUUUGCCGUCUGCCAAGGUUCCCCUCCUGCACUUGUCUCACGAACUCGACGUCUAAGUAGACUAUUCACCCUCAGUGGUUGUUUCUGCCCAAUGGUAACGUCUACAAUAACGUCGCCCCCCCCUGCUCUGACGCCUAUCGUUAAAACUCAUUGUCGGCACGAAAAAACCAAAAGCUGGUCACGAGGUUAGUCGCGGAUAACGACGGGCGACCUGUCGCAUUUUCUCGGUAGAGAAAUUGGAGUUUAGGAUUUUUGCAUGAAGUGAACGGUUUUCCUGAAAAAAGUAUGAAUUUCUUAUAAAACAUCAGUUUUCAAGAGGGUCGAAGUCAUGCCUGUCAGUCUGCCUUACUCAAACAAUGCCCACUGUGUGAAUAACAUUUAGAAAGGAGCUUCCAUAUAUUAAUAUACUUUUUCAUCGUAAAGCUGCUAGAUGUUGAAAUGCACGGUAUUUUCCCAAGGCUACCUUAAAGUUGGCCCAUGGUAGAAAUACUUUUCAUACUUUUCGCAGCCGGCUAUAUUUGUGUCCGUGAGAAUAUGAACGGUCUUGAAGUACCCCUAAUUUGUCCUGUGAUAUUGCCUCUUCUUUCAUGACAUCGAUCAGCGUGUUCGAGUGCGGUGGAUGCAACGCAAGUCACCUGCCUGCCCUCACCUCUUUGUGGAGCGCAGAGUGGACAUCGUCGGUCACGACAGUCGAAGUGUCAAGAGGCGCGUGUGAAAACCUGGUGUGAUGUGCGGGUAGUCGGGCUAUUUAAUACCAUCAAAGACUUGCUCUCCGCAUCAGAUGGUCGAUCAGGCCGGAUAGUGGACUGGAACCUCAGAGAGAGAGAGAGAGAGAGAGAGAGAGCGAGAGAGAGAGAGAGAGCACAUUUCCAGAGCACAUUUCGCACUGCAAACAAUCUAAUGUGUUUUCAAACAAUCUGGGCACGCCAAGAGCCAUGGCUUGUAAGGUUGCCAACUGACGGGAGAGCCUUGUCCUGGAAGGACCGAGAGUCAGGCUACAAUGGCUAUUUUUUCAUGUGACCUCUAUGACACUCUCAAUCAUCUGGGAUCCGGGCCGCCCACCCCUAUACUGGUUUUGUGCAAACUCGAUCCCCAUUUCGCGGACCAGGUCGUGUGUGGCGAGUGUAGACGGAUCGUCUUGUCUUAUCUGCCAUUUGGCCCGACUCCGCCUCUGGUCUUCCUGACCCUGUCUUGACACCGGACUCAUGUGGAUGGCGGAGGUGAGAGAGCAGAAUGCAACGCAAGCACAGCAUCACUAUAAACUGUCUCUGUACCAGUCAUGCUGUGGGAGAUUCGGUGGACAUCAUCGUUAACGACAGUCGAACUGUCGAGAGGCGUCAUUCUGCUGUGUUAUAUGGUUCUUAUUUCUCUUUCCUUAGCCUAUUCUGACGAGUGGCUUUUGCUUUAUUCUAGUCGUGAACCUUCUCCCAAUAUCGUCUCAGGCUUGGAGGAUGCGGAUCUAGAGAAACAAGGUAGGCUUUUAACUGAUUGCCUUAUCUGCUACGUUUUCGACACGGAAGAGUAACAGUGGGAAAUAUUAAGUAGUGUUAGUUUCCCAGCCACACCCAAAGGUACUGCCGCCACGUGGUCCAAGCUAGACGUCGCUGAAGCCUACUUUCAUCGUCUGUAAACUCUGGACGCAAUCUUACUACGGCUUCGCAUCCUGGUGGAUCUUUAAGGCGUAUUCAACUAUCGUUUUAUAACUACUGUGUGCCUAUCAGAAUCAUUUAAAAUCCUUGCCUACUUUUCACUUUUAAUUUACGUCAUUCGGUUUGUUUAAUUUAUACAGCAACUUUUUUACGAGGUUGGAAAUUUUUUGGCUUUGAACUCCUUGUGGAAGUACCGCACACAAGCCACUAUUAUAAUUUAUCCAGUAAUCCUGGACGACGCACACUCUACUUAGCGGUGGAAAGUGCAAGGUCUUAGAUCUAAGCCAUUGCAUGUUCUCGCCAACCACAUCCAUUUCACUACAGCAAAAUGCGUAUCCUGAUCUUCCAUUCUUACGAGUUUUCUGUUGUAGUCAACUUGUUACCACGGAUACCUUUAUCAACCCAGUUACUUUGUUCAUUUAUUGGUUGACUCGCGUUUCGUAUUUGCCUAUGUAAAGAGUUGUUGUUUCUGAAGUUUUGUACAUGACAAUCAGACGUAAUGGCCCCUUCAGUUCCAUAACUGAACUCCUCUACUGCGUAUGUCGUUAAAACCAGCAUCCAAAAUCGUUUGUUUUCGUCCAGAACGUGGGGCUUUGCAUAGACAUUAGAAAAACAUUUUCUAAUUUUUGAUUUCUAAAACCAGAAGGUUGAUCUGAGUAAGUUGCUUAUGCAUAUCCGAUUAUUUAUCAGAAUGUAUAACUGAAAGUUCGUAGUCACUGCGUAACUCGACUUCACGAAUUCGUCAUCCGCUCCGUUACCAGAGUACGGUAGAUGUGCUAACUCAUGAAAUUUUAACCGAAAUCCUGAAAUGCGUCUUCGACUCGAAAAGAUUACUUAAGAAGGGUUGUAAUAUUAAUCAGCCUGCAGCACAAUCCAGUAGUAAUUAAGUAACUCUAGAUACCGACUUUCGAACGAAUUUUUUUCUGGACGCCUGCAAAGACUAUACUCCGUAAAAAACGACUACUUAAAUUGUAUCAAUAUUUCUUAUCGAUUUUCGAUGCCUUUAUAAAUUCAAAUAUAUUUCGUGGAAAACAUGCAUAAAAAUAUUCAUGCUUUUACUCAUUUUGCAGAAAUUCACGUUUUUUUUCAAAUUUUAUACUUGAAAAAAGGGUAUAAUUCGGCUUUAAAAAACGUUUCCUAUUCCCGUAUUAUUUUGAAUCCGAUCUGCCGUUACACUUGCGUUCAGAGUUUCAAAACUGCGAGCUGCAUACCUUCCGUCUACGGAAAGACGUUUCUUCAAAAUCCGACAUCCUGAUGUAACUGAAUUUGCAUGGGAUUAUGCUGCAUGGUGAUUAAUAUUACAAGUCUACUUAAGCAACCUUUUCGAGUCGAAGACGCACUUCAGGAUUUCGAUUAACAUUCCAUGAGUUAGCACAUCUACUGUAACCUUACUCCCAAUCAGUUAAUGCCUUCCUUUUGCGUUUUACUGCUUGCAAGGCCGAAAGUCGGUAGUUUUAUUGCAUAACUUAACCUGUAUCCGACCCGUAGUAACUCAUAUUAGUACUGGGAGACCAACCUGGUCUCAAAAUACACAGAACCAGAUAAUGACUUUGUUUCGACCGUACAUCUUUGACCAUAGAUCAGCAUUACUGCAUCGAUGACCUGAUGAGGACGGUACACCAAGCACUUCUGCCUGCGUUCACUCGAUAGCCAAACGCAGCGCCUUCUAUUUUAUCAGUAGGGAGUUGCAAAUCGGUCGCUGGACGCAGCAAACCCCAGAUCGCUUUGACAAAUUAAGACAAUCGGCUGGCAGAAGGAAGUUUGCCAUCUGGCUAUGACCGCCUCUUGGCGGCAUGCCAUUUUACUAACAAAGCAAACAGUCGCAAGGAAUUUUGGCGUGUGCACUGAACAGUCCAAUACGUCAUUUGCAAUGGCGAGUAUCAUCUGAAAGCUGGAGGGCGAAAAAAGUGACGUUUUGUGCGCAGUCCGGAGUGCGGGUUGGGACGAUUAGACAGUCUUUAUUAGCACAACAACAUACUUGGGUUUCCUCGGAAUCCAGAUGCCGCUGUUGCAAAAAAGCCCGCCAGCUUGCUCUCUCAGGACAUUUCUGCUGUCCACUCAGAGUUUCCCAUACGACGCGCACUUUUUGACCGCGUUCCUGGAAUUCUUUUGCCUGCUUCGGUUCAGGCCUGUGCAGGGGGGGGCAUAACCGAGGGGGCUUUAAUAACUGCCUGGUAGUGCUCUUCUGCGGCAUGACUUUGGGUUACUUGCGCCUUCCCAGACCCCAUAGCCCAUUAUGAGGACGUCAACAAAGCAUGUGAUUUUUUGAUUUUGCUGUCAUGCUGAAGAUAAGGAAGCGGCUUUUCGGAAAUAAACCCGUCCCUGCCACCAAAUAGUCAACUUUGGCAAUUUUUACCAAGGCCAUUUAAAUGGUUACGCUGUAGUAUCGCUUUGGAAGACUUUGCCCCACCUCCCCUAACCUGUGUUGCUUAGCGAACUUCCUAGUUAAUUGGAGGUCAUCUUAACUUGCAACUACUCUAAACGCUCGUAUUUUCUAGACUCGCACGCUCUCAAGCCUGAUCUCUAGGCAUAUGAUAGAGCAAUCUUCCCGUUUACUGGUACGAAGUCUUUAAUAAGUACCAAAUUUCCAAAAAGGGGUGUACUACCGUCAAUUUGUUUUAUACCUCCACUGGAAACUCAGAGUUGGGCACUAACGAUUCCCGGAGAAGCGGCAAAGGCGAAAAUUCCCGUCUCGGUUCUAGUUUAAAACACGAUCUUACUUUGCCAGGGCCUCCCCGUUUCAAAUGAUUACUUCUAGCAACAGGCAGUCUUUUGUGUACUAAAAAACAACCCAGGAGAUUUAUCAGUCAUCAUCUCUAUCCUUUACAGAAGUAUAGAGGGGAAUGAAGACUAUAAGCUGUUUUUAUUACUGUAUAGCAUGGAAACAUGAAAUUCAGCUGCCCUGGGACGGACUAAGACUGCCUCGCUCCUUAAUUCACGCUGAAUGUUCUACCUCUUAAACCUAUCGAGGCAUGUCUAUCAUCAACCUGAAGAAUUGAUAUUCCCUCUUAACGACUUGUGACGCUAGUCUUAUUUCCAGUCUAGUGUGCGAGUUCUAUACUUUCAGCGUUUGGUAGUGGACGUUCUUUCUUUUCGUUGGAUCAAACGCAUAAAGUGCACCACGCAUUAUCUAACUCAAGUAUCUGCCUUUCGCACACAGAGGUUUUUUUCGUUUCACUCUCGACGGCCAAACUGUCGGAACAUUGGUAAAUAUCUUCGUCUCUCGAGUCCUAAAGAGGACCAUCGGCUAUUCGCACGGCCAACAGACACGCAUCUGGUAGUUUUGACAGUAGAGCACCCCAGGCGACUUCGGCAUCCCGUCCAGCCACACCAACUUUCUGCCUGCGUGGGUUUCGAAUUUACCAAGUCUGUUGUAAUAAAUCGUUCUUGUAGCGCUGUCGGACAUCGGAGUGUUCAGGGCAUUUCUCACUCGGUGGAUUGCUAACACCUUAGCAUAUUCGGCUGACUGUAGUUCUGCGCUUGAAAACAGAAGGAAACGACCAUUCUUCGCUGAUAAGGCACGCGUAAAAGGACCCUAUUCCACCACAUAUAUCAGCCACUUUGUCUGUCGUCGCAGAGUCGAUGUUGGCUGAUUUUCGUUGGGUUAAAAGAGUUCUAGCACUUUGCGGUAGAAUAAGGCCACCCCAAGCUUCUGACAGAGUGCACACACCGUCACCAUCAGUCUGCACGAAUAGAUCUGUCAAUGCAUUCCCGCACAACAAACGAACUUCAUGCCAGCCUAGAAUUACGAAAAUAGCUGACUUCCUUCAAGAAUCUCUACGACGUGUUUUCUCGUCACAGUGCAAUUCCUAAAAACAAGCGGGCAUUCUUAACUUGCUUUUUUACCUGACUUCGCAUUAUUAAACUUGCUCGAUGGCAUUCUAUUUCAUUCACACCGACUUGCUGGUUUCUUACAGCGGACACCAAACACCGGUGUCUUUUUCGUGAUCUUGCACGUCUCUGGUUUCUCUGCCCAAUUCUCAUGAUCCUCACUCCUGCGUCGCACCGCCCCAGAGUGCAGAAAACGACCUUCAAUGACGACACGAGGAUCAACACGGCGGAGGAGGAUUGCGCCUCCAAGAGUAGGACUCUUUUACGCAAUAUCGGCGAUGGUCUGGUUCAACUCUUUUCGCGCAAACUCUGGACUAAUUGGGGGUUUCUACUCUUUAUUGCCUGCAAUGGACUGUGUGCUGCCGGUGUUGUCAUUCCGUGGACAUUUAUCUACGACUACAUCUAUCAGAUCUGGCUGGUUGGGGUUCCACCGGACAGUGUCAACUCCCAGGUUGAUGCUCAGUUGGCUUGGUAUCCAUCGUUGAUUGGCCUUGGCUCCUGUUGUGGUAGGUUUUUUAUGCCUCCAAGUCUGCCAUUUCCCUGUCUUUGGGCAGCAUUGAGUAUUUCGGUUGUCUUGCUAUUUUCAGUUAUUUAUCCUGCCGUUGGCGUCCUUUUUUAUUUUGGAAGAAAAAUUCCUAAUGACUGUGAUAGCCAGCACUAUGACAAUGAUCAUGACUACUAUCACCACAGUGAUAGCAGUAGUAAUUUAGCUGUGUGAACUAACUACCUCCCCAAAGCUGGCUGGUUGAAAUUGUUGAGUAAGCAGUUGCCCUUGUGCGUUUCUCAGCUGCCCAAUAGAAACACUUGACAAGUGGCUGCUGGGUCGUCUAGUGUUUACCCCGCCGCAGCUCUCGUUUCCGGUGGGAGAGUUCGAUGUGACGGCUGAUUCUAUUCACACUAACAGGCACAUUUCUUGGCUGUGAGCCUGUUGGUCCUCGAAUUGCCGCUUAGCCAGACCUACUCUACCUUAAAAUGCAGCUGUGCAUCGUUGAUCAUCAGACUGGGUUUUGCUCUUAGCGGAGCCUUUGAUAUCGCAGGUUUUGGGGUGGGUCAAUUCGCUUGCGCCAAAAUUCAACCAAUUCCUGCUUCAUUGAAGACAAAAGUGCAUUUUGAACAGCAGGGAAAGGUGUCAAGGCCAAUGACUGUAAAGCUGCUGGGGUAGAAGGAAGAACCUGGGGACAGAAUUAUGCUUUUAGGCAGAGUACUGCUCCUUCCUGUGCCCGCUGCGUUUAAUAAUACCUCAGAGAUCACUUAAUGCCACGCGUGGGCGUGCAGUAGGUACCUCUCCCUGACAUGGGCUGUAUGGAGGUUGAGUCGUUCAUGCAUUCUUCCGAUAAGAUCGCAGCAGUAAACAUGGGGGGAGGGAAGUAGUGGGAAAAACUAACGCUGUACAGUGAUUUAUAACUGCUCUUAGGACUGCUAGGUCUUCACCCCAGAAGGGAUAGGCCUAAAGUUUAGCAUUUUUGGCUUUUGACUACACAAACUACCUUUGAACCCGUGCUAGUGUGGAGGGAAUUCCUCAUUCUGGGGAGCUUAUACUAGAUGAACUUUGUGCAUGCUGUUGUAGGACGUUUAAUUGUGUCUCUUCCAGAUACUAAGCAGUCACACUAGAGCUGGGACUGUGCUAGUUGCCACAGCGGCACUGAAAGAAAUUAAAAUAAGUCACCAGUUUCCUUUGGCGUGGGGGCGAAGAGGUAAGCUCAGUUGGCAAAACAGGAGGCCUAGUGUGGCGUUCAUGGCUUUGAUCUCCACUUUGGUUACCACCUUUUCCAAUGCGUCACUUGCAUUAUUGCACAAGCCCUCAUAACUCCAUGUCGUGAGCUGUCCCACCUGCCCAACGCCCCCUUUGGCUCCAUACACCUACAGGGAUUGUUUCUAACCAAUAGUAACCUUAACAAGAACAGCCCAACUGUCAGACACCACCCGUUACACUCACCCAUCGCCCAAACCUCACACAGCCUAGCGACGAUUAUCAUCAUCGAGAACAAUGAGCCGACUAUAGUGUGGAGAAACGUGCGCGUGUUAGCUUAUCCAUAACUGUACCUACCCUGGUGCUGGGCACCUUGGUCUGAAGACGCUAACGUCCACAACGGACUCUACUGUAGAUGUGCUGGACCAAAACAGGGGCCAUGCUGGGCCAUGGCCAGUGUUUAUCGGGAAGUGUGAGUCGGAUAAUGGGGAAAUCUAUCCCCAGGACACUUUUUGAUCUCUCCCUUUUUACCCGAGGAGCAUGGAUACUCGUUGCUGACUAGGCUUAUCUCAAAUGUAAAGUUCGAUUGUUCGGGUUAACAUGUUUCAUUACGUGGACAUUGCUACUGGAAUAAAUUUAGUACCUGCGUGAACGUCUUUGCUGUAUAGUACAGCCUUUAUCAACACCUACUGAUCAGCGCAUAGAUCCUUCAACAUUGGGGGCAACAACUUUAUUAAAGCUGAUGCUAGUCAGGAUCAGAAGACGAAGAUGCGAACAAGAAAUUUAUUAGUUUGACGCUUCGGAUUCUCACUCGAAUGCAUCAUCAGAGACAUUAGCAGAUAAAGAUCAGGAUGAAAUUAACAGCACUGAACAUGACCCACUUUAGUUAGUUAAACGUUUAUUCUAUCUCUAGGCCUGUUCUACUCAAAGUCUUCCCCUAAAGAUACUUGGAGAUCUAUAGGGGGGCUAUGUUGGUUUUUUGACAUGUUUGUUUCAACUUCGCUAUUUGAAGUGGAAUGUUGCCUUUUUGUGCUUGUUUCGGGUCAACGAAUUUUUCUUGGUCAAAUCUCAUGCCGGAAACCGGAUCAUAUCGCUUAAAUACAGCCAAGUGCAGUUACAAGUGUUUUAGCAAAUGCACAAUUUGCACCAUAGGUCGUUUGGAAUAUUAUCCGUGGGACCAACGGAGAGUACUAUAGCAUUAAUUAGUCCUUCCAACGACCUCUUCUACUUCGAUUGUUACAAGUUAGAUUUCACGUCUUGUGGCGCGGCACAUCGUAGGGGACCGAAACCCGCCAUAACCGACGAUCGCCCGAUUGCGUUCGAUCUUUGUAUGGCGAAUGGCGUGCUUUUCUACCCGGCGCUGUAGUUUAUUCGGGAGAGGGGGGCGCCUUCUAUUAAACUUCCUUCCCUAAAUGUGCCUUGAAAGAGCAACGAGACUCUGCUCUUGAGCGGUGACUAGUCACCGCGGGCGUCAGACGUAGACAAUUCGAUCUACAGUAGGUAGGCUAACUCAUGAAAUGCCAACCAAAAGUGCGUUUUUGUUUCGAAAAGAUUAAUUAAGUAGGGUUGUAAAACUAAUCAGUCUGCAGUAUAAUUCCAUAAUAAUUCAGUUACCUCAGAAUGGUGGUUUUCCAACGAACUUCCUUUUGGCCGCAUACAAAAACUAUACUCUGUAAAAAAUGAUUAGUUAAGUAGCAUUCAUUUUGCUCAUUGAUUUUCAAUACCCUUAAAUACUCAAUUAUAUUUCAUGCAAAUCAUGAAUAAAAACAUUAAUUUCUUUACCUACUCGGUGGAAAAUUACGUAUUCUUUCAAUUUAAUGCUCGAAAGAAGGAUAUAAUUCGGUUUUAAAAAGUUUCUAAUUGUGAGAUUUUCUUAAUUCCGUGAAAUGGCCGUUCAUAAAACGUCAUGUCUCUGCAUUUACCAAUGUGGCUUGUAAAGUCAACAUUAUGACUCAAAUCCACUGUUAGAUUUUGUGAACCCUAUAUGGUCUCCUCCUAAUACCGUAGAGAAGUGUAUGGUUUUCCGUACGCGGAAAAUACACGGCCAGUAGUUUGCAAACCCUUAAUGCAAGUGUAACGACAGGUCGGUAUUCAAAAUUAUUCUGGAAUUGGGAAAGUUUUUAAAACCGAAUAAUACCCUUCGGAUAUCAAAUUGAAAGAAGACGCAAUUUUACUACCGAAUAAGCAAGAAAAUGAAUAUUUUGUACAUUUUUUUCCACGAAAUAUAGUUGAAUUCUUAAGGGCAUCAAAAAUCAAUGAUAAAAACGCAUCCUACUUAAGUAGCAUUUUUUUCAGAUGCAGCCGGAAAGUUCGUUCGAAAGCUGACAUCUUAAGGUAGCUGAAUUAUUAUAGAACUAUGAUGCUCGAUGAUUAGUUCUACAACACUACUUAAUUAUUCUCUUCGAGACAAAAACGCAUUUCGGAAUUUCGGUCCGGUCUUCGCGUACCACAACACGACCAGUUCCCCUUUGCUAGGGAAGCCGGACUUCACACGCAACCUCGCUGCAUAAAGGCGGGGCUUUCCACUCAUCUCUAACAUGUUUUUUUAUCCCCAGUUGAAUUUAUUGCCGGGCGGGGGGUGUGGCGACUGCGCUCAGUACAUCUUUCCGGAGCCACAUAGUAGAGCUGGGCGCCAGGUGGGAGCCGACUGGAAUGCCAACCUCGUACAGUCGAACAGGCGGUUUGACCGUAAAUCUAUCCGAAAUGACCACUCUUUCGUGGACACCGCCAUUGGCACAUACGAUUCCAGACACUCAUGGCUCCUGCGGGCAACUUUGCCCAUGCUCAACUGGCCCGUAGGUUCUUUUGGCGUUUAGCCACUGUUGGCGUAGUACAUCCAUUAAGAGUGCACUUUAGACAGGCCCACAACUGUUAAAACCUCACUGCUUAACCUCGAGUGCACUUUAAGCCACACAUACGGCUCCGUAGUGGUUGCAAUAUGACGGAGACUCUGGACGCGUAUUUCGGAACACUGUGCUUCAUCAUGUUUUGGACGAUGAGCUACUUUCCAUCUUUAUGUGAUAGUCUGCGCAGGGUUUGUUCACAUUGCGACUAGGAAUGCAGGUGAGUUAUCAACCACUUGAGGGUCAUUCGUGCCACUUUUAUACGCGGGUGUCGACAUAAUCACACGUACCUAAGAAAGUGCAGACAGUGAAUACUGACAAAGACAAGGGAGACUGGGAUGGCCACUUCUGCCUUAUUAACCGCCGUCUGUCAGUCUCAUGUUGGCGUGACCUCAGUCGCGAACCCGCGUCAUCGAGCGCUUUUAAAUCCAAUGCACUGCUAUGGAGUCGCAGGCCCGUUUUCCUAUUGGUCGCUACCAGAAAUAUUAACCAUCUUGAACAGGUUAAUGAUACUACCACUUACAGCCUCGGGUGCGCGUGGAACUAGUAGGGCAAACUUGUGAAUGAAUGCUCAUCGAGGCUAAAAGGACGUUUAUUGUAAGGCACUUCCUCGGUUACCAAAAUAUAAAUUUUGAGAGUUUAGAAUACUCUAAAUAAUGGGAAAUCUAGGGUAUUUGUUUUGAUUACUGACCCGUUGCAUCCGGACCGCCUAGUCUGUCAGUACGUUAGUAUGACUGAAAUGAUUGUUUAAUUGUUUAAUUUUUUUCAAAGUUACUCUAUGGUCUCCACGCGAUUCUCCCAAAACCUGCCCCGAAUGCAGCUCAGACCUUUUUAUUUAUUUUACUAUCGCUUUUGAGCUUUAUCAUACCUUUGCACGAGAAUAACCAUGAACGUCCUUACUUUAUCUCUUUACCAAAAUCAGAACUACUGAAUCACGCAGUCCUAAAUUUCCACGUGCCUGUUUCCUACGUUUGGAGCUUAAGGUUUUUCAAAGCGCAAUGCGACUAUGAAAAUUGAAUUUGCAUGUUAGAUGGUGCCCUUUCCUUCUCAUUUUAAAAUGAUUAUUCUUGAUGAACAAACAUACAGUAGAUGUGCUAACUCAUGAAAUGUCAACCAAAAUUUCGAAAUGUGUUUUCGUUUCGAAAAGAUAAAUUAAGUAGUGUUGUAAAACUAAUCAUGAUGCAGCAUACAUCUAUAAUGAUCCCGUUACCUCAGAGUGUCGACUUUCGAGAGAACUUAUUAUCGGCUGCAUGAAAGAUCUAUACUCUGCAAAAAAUGACUACUUAAGUAAUAUGCGAUUUUCUCAUUGAUUUUCGAUGCCCUUGAAAAUUCAAUUAUAUUUCAUGGAAAACAUGCAUAAAAAUAUUCAUUCUUUUACUUAUUCGGUAGAAAAUCACGUCUUCUUCCAAUCUCAUACUCAAAAGAAGAGUAUAAUUCGGUUUUAAAAAACUUUUCUAAAUCCCGAAUAAUUUUGAACCCGACCUGCGGUUACUCUUCCAUUCAGGGUUUCAAAACUACAAGCUGUAUAUUUUCCGUGUACGGAAAACCAUGCAUUUCUCUACGGUGCUAAGAGGAGACCAUGUGAGGUUCAUAAAAUUAAGCAGUGGAUUUGAGCAAUAUUGUUAACUUCACAAGCCACAUUCGUAAAUGCAUAUACAUGACGUUUCAUGAACGGCCAUAUAACGGUAUUAAAAAAUCUUACAAUUAGAAACUUUUUUAAAACCGAAUUAUACUCCUCUUUUGAGUAUAAAAUUGGAAGAAGACGGGAUCUUCUACCGAAUAAGUAAAAGAAUGAAUAUUUUUAUGCAGGUUUUCCAUGAAAUAUAAUUGAAUUUUCAAGGGCAUCGAAAAGCAAUGAGAAAAUUGCAUACUCCGUAAGUAGUCAUUUUUUGCAGAGUAUAGAUCUUUCAUGCAGCCGAAAAUAAAUUCUUUCGAAAGCCGACACCCUGAGGUAACUGGAUCAUUAAAGAUGUAUGCUGCAUCAUGAUUAGUUUUACAACGCUACUUAAUUUAUCUUUUCGAAACGAAAACACAUUUCGAAAUUUUGGUUGACAUUUCAUGAGGUAGCACAUUUACUGUACUUACCCAUACCCUGCUGAUGGCCAUCUCUCUCGUUUACAUGCACCGAACCUUUCGUCCUUAGAGUUGAUUGCUAUUUAUCUCCACGGUAGUUGUACGAUAGCUGAAGAACGUGGCAGCAUUGUUACAGUGGGAAGCAAUCACUAAAUCCGCGCUACAUGGAGAUCGCUUCUUCUCUCUCUUCUCCUAUCCUGUGCUGAUAGCGGAAUGCAGUCAAACUGACGGCAACCGUGGUGCAUAAAGCCUCCACACAACACGUGUCAUGCACCUGUUUUGCCUGGUUAAGUUCCAACACUAAGACGGAGAAAAUUUUUUCGACCCGCUUCACCCUUAACCCCCAACAAAAACAGUAGAUCGGGCCGAACAUAUUCCUCCUUGCGCGACAGGGAUGAGGAACCAUCACUUAUUUCUUGCAACUGAUAGAAUUUGCGAGAUAACUCAAUAGUGGAGCACACCGAAAUAGGAAUGGAUGUCGACAGGUCAUUUCGGACUAAUGACGAACAUUUUUUACCUACCUUAACUCUCUGCUUUUCAUAGUUUCCGUUAAGAACUUGUUAUUCAUAGCAGAAAUCUUCGAUAGUGGCGCAUUAAUGCAUGAAGGGCCGGUUUCUGGCAAACGUACAGUAGGUGGGCUAACUCAUGAAAUGCCAACAGAAAUUACGAACUGCGCUUUCGUUUCGAAAAGAUUAAUUAAAUAGGGGUGUAAAACUAAUCAUCGUGCAGCAUAAUUUUAUGAUGAUCCAGUUACCUCAGGGGGUCCGCUUUCGAAUGAACUUCUUUCCGACUACAUGCAGUAACUAUACCGUGCACAAAAUGACUAAUUAAGUAGCAUGAAUUUUUCGAAUUUCUUUUCGAUGGCCUUAAAAAUUCAAUUAUAUGUGUUAUGUAUAUUAUAUAUAUAUAUAUUAUAUUUCAUGGAAAACAUGUAUGACAUAUUAAUUCAUUUACUUAUUCGCUAGAAAAUCACAUCCUCUUUCGAUUUUAUACCCGAAUUUUAAAUCCGACCUGUUGUUACACUUGCACUCAGGGUUUACAAACUGCGAACCGUAUAUUUUUCGCAUACGGAAAACCAUACACUUUUCUACGGUAUUAAGAGGAGACCAUAUAGGGUUCACAAAAUCUAGCAGUGGAUUCGAGCCAUAAUGUUGACUUUACAAGCCACAUUGGUAAAUGCAAAGACAUGACGUUUUAUGAACGGCCAUUUCACGGAAUGAAAAAAAUCUCACAAUUAGAAACUUUUUUAAACCGAAUUAUAUCCUUCUUUCGUGUAUGGGUACUAGAUAAGCUAUACCACUACAAGAGAAAAGGGUUUAGAAAGUUCGAUAGUGCAAAAGGAGCGUGCCGGGGGUAGCUCAUGGCAAAAACAAUUUGGAGCAGAGGUAAUCGUUGGUUUCCUACACGAAGCACGCAAAAGUUUCGUUCGUUGGAAACGCAGUCAGUCGUUUCUGCCUGGUAUCUGAGUGUGAAAAAUGCACGGUGUCGCCUUCCCUGAAGAAAAUUGCACAACUCCUUGUCUCCAUGACUAAACCCUCUGGCCCUCAUAAAAUGCUGAAGUAGAUGGGCCACGCUGCACCUGCAAGCAGUGUGUCUAGGCUUGCGAAUAUCUGCCAUAAUUGUUAUUAUUAAUAACCAUAAUGAGUACGUUUUAUCCAAAGCACUUAAUUCUCUCAAGUGCCGUGUUUUAACCACGCACAUAAUUUGUUUCGCGAUGCCCGUUAAAGGUGAACUUAUAAAAACCUUUUUUAGUCCAGCCCAGUUUGUUUGAGGGCAAUGUAGGCGUGCACUUUGUGUAUCUCUAUUCUUUACACGCAGCAGAAGUAUGUCAAGUAUUUGACAAAAAAGGUAACAUCAAAGAACUACGAAGGUAAUAUCAAAGACUGCACAGUUAGACAAAGUAUUUCAUGCGUUAGCAGCGUUGUAAGACCUUUACACACGUCUAUAUGUGAUGAGGAAGGGCGACUAUUAUUACAGCCAUCAUUGACUCGUUUUACCAAAGUAUCUAGCUCCCUCAAGUAGUGAGUUUUAACCACGCACAUAAUUAGUUGCGCGCUGACUGUAAAAUGAACUUUUAGAGUUUAGAUUCAUCUUACAAGAGCCUGGUCACAACCUAAGUAACGCGAUUAGCAUUGGUGACUAGCCAUACAUCACCUACACUUCUCACGUAAGCAGAAGGUGUACUUUUCAACCCGUUUCUCGUGUGGCUCCUUAGUCGCAUUUGAGAUCCGGGCCUUCCAUCCCUUUGUGCGUGAAAUCCUAGUGUGUGCAUUUGGGGGUCAGUUCAGGCAUGUUUCUCACGGAGACGGGUUAUAUAGGUCUGUCAGCUACUCCGGUCACUUCCGGCGUCAGAUAUCCGACCGGUUCGGACAAAUGACUGGUGCUUAGAAGUGGGACAACUUGGACAUCGCAGUCAGUCCAAUGUGGGUUUGUGUGGGGUAGCAGACUGGUGGACUUAGAGUAAGGCUGCAAUGUCUUCUUAAUGUGGCCUCUACGGCACUCCCACCUAGCGGGAUGCGAGCUGGUUGUGGCGGCAGGCAUAGGAGCGACUUCGGCUGCGCCAACCGCCUGCGUCCCCAUCCCAAGACCGGUCUUAGUGACUUGGUCAUGAUACCGGCCGCAGGUGGAGGAUGAGAAGAAAGUGUGAUAGAUGCUACGCAAGUCACCGUCCCUGAUCUCACUCCGCUGUGGAGUACACGGUGGACAUCGUCGAAAUCGACAGUCGAGUUGCCAAAGUAACUUUUAUAGAAGUCGCGGGAUUUUCUAUAGAAAGAAGUUGUGUGGCGCCCCUCUGUCCCCCAGAUGAAGAGUUACUGUCUUUUUCACUUUCUGCGGACAGUGUUUUCCAGUUCUAUCUCACUUAUCCUACCCUCUGCCUGAAAUCGGGAACUUUAAGUAUGUGGGAAUUCUCCUAAGAAACUCCAGUAAUUCAGUCAUGCGGCUAAACACUACCCUUUUCCCCCUGGACUUACAAGGCCGGUGCUCCCUUCAUCCACAUAUUUCACACUGAGUCGCACUUCAAUUUAUACUCCCAAUGGUGAUAGAUGUUCGGAAACGAUUGUUUACUGAAUAUGACUUAUUUCGUGCCAUCUUAACAUUCCCUUUAAAAGUGUUUCGAAGUUUGCUAAAACGCCUCCAUGUCUUGGCGAAACUCAUAAACACGAAAAUGCCAUGCUAAGAGGUCAUUUUCAAACAGCUGUUACUUGGGUUCCCCUCGCUGUGGUCAUAAGAUGCAGCCUCCAAUAAUCCCAAUGGGAGGGCCGCACUCUAACCUGCCUGUCCGCCAGCAGUCCGCGACACCGUUCACUGUGAGGCAAAGAAUCUGAUUAGAACCAUGGUCUGUGAGCCCAGUCACGCUUCCAAGUCCUCGCCCCUCCCACGACACUUUACUCGUUUCUGGUCCGUGUCGCGCGAUGCUAUGUACCACUCAUGGCCAAAGGAAAUGCUUGCGCGGAAAGAAUAUACAAAUUCGGGUGUUUUUCUUGAAUUCUCGCCAAUCGUCAGCGCGCAUUAGUUUUUUGUUACUUUUUUUAAAAAUGUUCUAGCCCGUUCUGUAUAGAGCAAGCCGGACCAAUCGUUUCAUUAUUUCACGCAACGAUACGGGCGAACUCUUAACUAAGUUAUUUACUAUCUGUAAUCCUCUUGCACUACUGCGAUUCCGACAUUGAAUCUAAUGAAUCAAAAGUCACGAAGGUCCAGCCUUCUUUGAGAAGUUUUAAGCGAUAAGGACACAUGCACCAGAAUGGCCAUUUCCGGGUUAUUUGUCGUCAUCAGCCAGUGGCAUAGCAUUUUCAAUCUGUAUGCCCACGAUUCGAAGCCACAGUCAAUUGUUCAUCGUUCGAUGCUGUCAUCGACGGUUCACCUGUCGAUUUCGGUGAUAUCUACCGUGUGCUCCACAAGAGGCUGAGAACGGGGACGGUAACAUGCGUGUGAACUAGUUUACAAUAACAAUUGGCCAGUGCAGCGUCUACCGCACUCUCUCCUACUUCACCUGGGCCCGGUGUCAUGGCCAAGUCAAGAAGACCGGAAGUGGGAGAAGCCGCAGGUGGCUACCACGGCGAACCCAGGCGUAUCACCACAUCCCCUUAUCCACAAAUUACACUUGAUCAGCUCGGCUCUGAUCCCAAUUGGCGCGACAUGCACCUGCACAUGGGCGUGCCACAGCACCCCGAAUUUUGACAUUUUCAAUGAGUGCAAAUUUCCGAUGAUGCCUGCCAGAAUUCGAUGCAGCUCCCGUGUUGUUCCAACGCAUCAACCGCAUGGUCCGCUUUAAGGGCACAUCGAGCCUCUCACCAGUGCAGUAACGGCCUUGCGUCGUGUCGGCUAAGCUGGAGAGAGUUUCCAGUCACAUGGGAGUGGGGUGCACCUUUCUGCCGUUACCGCGGAACGGAAGUGAGCUCUUCCACUUUGCCUGAUUUUCGACCAGAUUUGGAAGAGGCAUGUUUUUCUGUUACAUUAACCAUUCUUCAGCAUAAAUACACACAUCUUUCAUUAAAUGGUACUCAGAAAGUUGGGCGCUCCCCCCAAAAUACUGAGUAAAUUCAAGAUCCAUCAAGUACCGUGCCGCCUUAGGCAGCCGUACUGGCGUACACGCAGGCUGGCCCGAAAAUGUGGCCUGACGUAAUCCAGUGCCACGGCUAGAUAUGUACGAUUAGGACACAAUAAAUUUCAAGUUUGAUCUUUUGUGCGCAAUUCCUGGCCAUAAAAGGUAUUUUUUUCAUUGCUUCUAUAGUGAACUCUAAGAACCGCGGUUUUCCAACUGGGUUUUUGGGGCACCCGUCAAAGCCCCCCACCCCACUACGCGUUUCUGUGUCCGUUUGCCCGAGGGCUAUUUUUGAGUUCGUCGUAGGCGUUUCUGCGCGGAACAUUUGCCCCAUGAGACUAUCCGCAGUCGCAUGUUUGCCGGCAUUAAACGUAUGGCCCUCGGCGAUAUCGAUAUCAAUACACAUUUAGAAGCUAACGCUCGUUACCUUUCAUCUUCGGGUUCUGAGAAUCUGCUCCUUCUUCCGCCUCAUGUGAUAGAACGCGUCUACUGCGCAGCAGUUAGAGCCACAUUUACAGCAUACUAUGCAUGCGAUGCCACAACCACCGCCCAUCUUGCGCAUUUACGAGUGCGGGGGCGUAGCAUACUGGACCGCUGAAACGGGUCUCAGCAGCAUGCAAGGUUUUGGACAGAACUGGUCGACGACAGAAGGCAACUGCGCCCGACUCAGGCAAAGACUUUUAAACCCUUUUUACCUUGUCUCAUAAGCUGGCGUCUGGUGAACACAAUCCUUGUUUCAGUGAUCAAAUCUCCUUUAGCGUUGUUUCUUGGGACUCGCUUUUUCGCCUGUAUCAGCACUUUUUGCGUUGUCAUAGUUAAAACCACGGUUUUCCCGACGGUGUAAUAGCGACUAGCAUUGCGUACGGUACUGGGAAAAUUGUGUGACUUCUGGCUCCCGAGGAACCAAAAAAGUUAGAAGUUAAGUGAGUUUGUAAACGUGGGCCAUCUGACAGGUGAGAUUAAAUCCAGGUCUACGCACAGAGCCCAACCUACCGGCAUCGGCACUUGGUUGAAAGGCACUUAGGCAUCUAAGGGUUCGUAUAGGCAUUAGUCACCGUAAAGACCGUAUUAAGAAGGAGCCAUUGCAUACUACUCCUUGACCUAGAGGAAAACCGAAUAAUCCCGUCAUGUACAACCCCCCUGCCACGACAUUUAACUUAUUCUAAUGCUAUUAAAGCUUGACAGUUUUUGUAGAGACCAAUACGCGUGUGAUCCGCUCUUGUUUGACCUAAUUUUCUUCGUUCUCCCGUCAUAUGCCAGUGGCAUGUUCAAGUCAGGCCAACUAGAGAUGGGGUCGGGCUUGCUUGCUGACAUGUCCUAGGGCCUCCAUCUAAGGCGUCCCACACGCCUACUUUACUCUAUUUCAAUUCAACGCAACGAAAUUGCCCUUCAUUACUUUCAACUGGUCGGAUUGGUUAUCCUCCUUUCGUCCUUCCCCCGCCCCUUCCUCCUCCUCCUCUCCCUCUUUCCGUUUCAUUCCACUUUUUUCGAUUUUUCUUCCUCUCGGUGCCAUCUAACCCCGCCAACCCAUAGAGCUAAGCCUGGUUGCAUUCACUUACCUGCUCUUGUUUAUAUCCGCUCGGGAUGGAUUGUACAUCUAAAAGUUCGCCUGAUAAGCGACCUGGUUAAGCGACCUCCGAGUUCAUUCUGUUUGCACAGGGCCAGUAACUAGUGCACAUUGAGCAAAACCAAAAAUUCCACAGAAAGAAGGCGCCCAAAGUUUACGCCACUGGGAUCCCGUUUCUGUGCACACUGACCUGUAAUUGCUUGGCUUACCUUGCCUUUUCACACGAACUUAACAGGCCUAUUGUCUUUUUAUAUGCUACUUCAACCUCUAUAACCAAAAGUCUUACAGCUAAAGGUAUGCUGGAUGAAAUCAUUUAAUAAACCAAUCAUGACGAGAUCCCGUAAAAUUAGGUUCAUUUGCACCAGAGCGUUAACCAUCUAAAUUUAUGCGCAGAAAAAGCCUCGAUUCCGCCUUCUAAAAUCUUAAGCUGUAUCCUGAAGUGUGCACAAUACGUUGUUUUCUUUUUUCAAAGUACACCAAGCAUCUUGAUAGUUUGCCUUUAGUUUAGUGCACAUAAUGUUGUUUGGACGAAUGCAUACAUCCGUCCUGCUCUCUCCUCUCCUAAGAAGACGAAGUAAUCACUGCGUGCAUUUGCUGUUUAGGGAGGCCUUGAUCGCGCAUACCGUUGCUUCGGACUUUUCUCUUCUCCGACUAAAUGCAUUUCUGAGAUUUGGACAUUUUUGUUCUUGUUGCUUAGUCAACCACCCGUCUGUUUAUUACGCCUGCCCAUACGCUGCUAACACACAUCUCCUAGAUACCAUGUACUUUUUUAAACCACUCGAAAAAGACAUUGUUUUCGUUGUUCAAGGCCCUUUUCGAAUCCGCCUGUCACCUUCGCGAUGGGCGAACCGCUGACGGGUUUGCCAAUGCCGUGUCCUUUUAAAUAGCCACCUUCGGAGAAUCCUGUACAAUUUGCAUUGUUACCGUGGGCUUACCUCCAUUUUUUUCCAGAAAACACCCGUUGUGAUCACGCUUAAAGUUACUAAAGCACAGACGUUUUGCGAUGUUUUCUUCUCGCUGUCUGGUAAACAUCACGCGAUAUUUUUUGGUCACCAUCUGCGUUUUAUAGGGCAGGAAACUUUUUGUUGAAUCUUCCUCACUUUAUUUACUCUGGUCCUCAUCACAUCCGUCCUGCCUGCAGAUGGAGUCGAUAUGCUGUCAGAAAACCUCUUUUUCCUAUCUGUUCGUUCGGAAGUCACAGAGACUUGUACUGCGAGGAGUUCUAAGUAAGUGUCGGAAUCUCCAGUGUUUGUGUUGUAAACGUAAACUUAACUCACAUGUGACAGUCUAGUCGAACCACACAGAACCACCAUAUGGUCUGGUAUAAAUAGACCACGGAAGGCGCUUGACGAUCAAAGUUCCUAUGGUACAGAACCGUUGCCGAGUAAGCCAGCAGGCUCCGCGAAUAGUUAUUUUUGGCGCAUUCGUCGUCAACAAGCAUUUUGGACUCCCGUCGAGACACCCGACAUUUGAAUCGGAGGCUGUGUUAGUUAUCGAGCGUUUUGCAACUCGAGUUCCGUGCCAGAAAUGGCUACUUCACUCCAUCUUUGAAAUGCCGGCAAUCCUUCUCUUUCAGCGCUUGCUCGUCGCUGCACGGUAGUCGCCUAGAGUUCUAGACCCGAAGAAACAGAAAUGCCCGUUCCCACCUAACAGUAAUCGUGAUUCAGUGAUAGCCACUCUAGUACGCCUUUAAGUUCCUGUUGUCGACUGUCUGACCUGUAUACAUGAUGGCAGCAUUCUUAUGCAUCAAAGGAAGACAGUCGGCUUUACAACUAGCAGAUUCUGAACGGAAGAGUAUCUGUUUACGCUGGCCAAUACUAACUAACAACCGGGCCUGAUUCGCAGUUUCGAGUGCAGUUUGGACAAGUGACAGUCAUCGUUCAAGUACGCGUUGAAAGUUAUGUUAGCUUUAAUGGGCUCGUCGAUAUUGUUUACUUGAACGGCAGUCUUCACUCCAAUUUCCAUACGGUAAGUUUGGUUGUUUUUUUACAAGGUCCCUCGAAUAUUUACUCAUCGUAAUAGGCCGUAUGUUAUAGACUAUCUCGUUUUCCUAUGGUAAGUUGUCGCAAUUUGAGAUAAGAUUAUUCUCGAGUACCAAAACGGCGGAUGUGUUCCAUGGAUUUGCAACAUGUUCCGUUCACAGUCUUUAAGCACUGCAAAUUUCUUCAAAAGUGUGCUUUUAAAAGCAGUUUUCCGAACUAAGACCUUCGAACUUAGAACAAAAUGCUCAGCGGAUACUAAUAGCUGCCUCACGAUGACCGAAUCAAUUUUCUGCUUCAGCAAUGUCUGAUAGUAAGAAUCCACUUUCAGAAAUUAGUUUUUUGAUAAUAUGGUUAGAUCUUUUUAAAACGACUCUGUUCCCUAUGAGCUUCAUCGCGCAAAUUGAAUUUGUGAAUAUCAUUUGCAAGAAACCCUACGUACGUCAUGUAUUAUUGAUCAAAAUGCUGGUAACACCCCUCCCCCUGCUCACUGCACGCCAAAAAUAUUGCCUAGAUAUCGUACGUGCCUCUACAGUACUAAUUGAUGUUAUUUUUAGACAUUCUAACAGGUCCUGCCAACAUGCAUCUCUACUCAAUUACACAUGGCCGUUAAGUGCGCAUGUGUAGUCUAAUUGCAGGAGAGAAUGCGGAUGUUCCGUUUUGCUCUGAUUGAUUUCUUAUCACUUUGCGAUCGCUCACGAGUGCUUUUGUUCAGGCUCGCGAGGUCUAAUGGACUGCCGGAAGGCACAAAUCGGUGUUCGCUAUUCUUGUGGAACUCAAAAUAUCGACGCAAUGGGACGUGAACUCGUAAUUCGAGUGUUAGAACGUCGGUUCAAUCACAAACCAAGUCUUCGUUCAAACCCCCUGUCUGCCCCAGCCAGCGGAGUAGUCAAAAAUGUUCAUUCCAAUCUCCAUCCUAGGUGUUCAUAAAGUUACCAGACUGUUUUAGGACAUAACAUAGCGAAUCAGUCUAUGCAUUUACCGGCAGGUUUACUGUUGCAGUGGGUAAGUCACAUUGUGGAGGCUUAUUCCGUAGAUGGCUACGAUUUGCAUACUCCGUUCUUAGUGUUAGCGAAGUCGAUUAUAGAUAGACGGGAAGGAGAGUCUACGGUUCGAUCGAUUUUAGUUGUUUUCUGCUGACGAGAACCAUUUAGUGCGGGCAUCCUCUGCAAUUAAAUAAGUUCUGCCCUUCUCGGCUUUAUUUUCGUGUGUUUAUUUGACAGCACGCGUUCUGUUCACAUUUACCCUCCCUAGGCUUCUCCUAUGACCGCUUUAUUUCAGUGCAUGUUUUUUGCAUCCCUUUAUUUCAAAACAGGCCAAAUACUGGUUGGGAUUAUUGCCUCCAACAUCAAAAAGGAGUCCUCCAGAACCAGAAUCUCGAUUCACUCCGGCGAUGUUGGUGCUGUUGUUGUUGCAGAGGCCUCUCGCAACACCUGUUGCCGUUGGUUCCGAAGCCUAAGCAGUAUUCGUCUUCUCUUCGCCUCUAUCUGCCUCUUGAACGGUGUUGUUACCAUCGGAUUCGCCUAUGCACCCAUCCCUUCUGCCCUAGACAUCGGAAGCGAAGACUUGCUCAUUCUCAGCACUGGCCAGGGCCGCGUUCUUGCGUUUGUCUCCUUCCUGGUGGGCGUUAGCGAUGGCGGCUUCAUGACCAUGUUGGGCUUGAUGCUGGAGAAUGAAGUAGACACUCAGUACUUCCCCGCCGCUCUAGGCAUUUGUCUUUGUGUUACUGGAGCCUUCAAUUUCGUCGGCACUGUAGUUGGUGGUGAGUGCUUCUCUGAAUUAGCUACGCCCUUCCUCGUCUUUCUAUUCGAAUUCUUACUGCAUAUCCUUUGAUCCUUUGUGAUGGCUAUCUUGGAUAGAAAUUUAUCUAAGGGAUCCCUGUUUAUCGGAUCGAUUUUUUUGUAAAAGGACGGUCGGCAGGCAAGUGUCACUUCACAGAAGAUGUAUCUCAGGCCAUUAAAGCCCUGUCUUUCUUUACUGCUUUAGGAUGUGACCCUCGCGACUCAGUUAUUGCCAAAGUUAAAAUGCCAAUGAGACAGUCUUUGGGUUGUAAACUUUACCCGACAAACGGCGGGGGUUAAUUCUUGCUCUGUAGACCCUGUGGGUUAGUUUACUGGAUAAAAAACGUACGAUCAAACAGUUCUCAGUUUCGAACCACUACCAAUAUGAAAGGAUAGACGUUAUAAUGUGACCCGUGACAGGCGCCUGUCGGUCAACUGCUGAAUUUCUUUUUGCUCUAUUCAUUUGGCACGGCCUAAUUCUCGAAUGGCGACAUAUGAGGAGGACCAUAAGGUUAAGGUUAGAGACACAACCCGUCUGUUGUAUCUUCCGACCAGGACUGCAACGCUGUUUUUGCCGGUGUUUCGUUUUUUCCUCAUUGUCCGGCAAAUUACGGCUUUUCUUCUCCACUCUUGCAACCAUUUCGUUCAUUUACAUCGGUUUUCCUAGCCUCAAGUAGCGGCAAUCUAUUUAACAGGAAACGUAUGCGGUUCCUAUAAUGUUUGGGGGCGUGAACGGUGUGCGUCAGUAGAUCACUGCCUAAACAGAGCAUUCAAGUUUUGCAACCUAAACCCUGAAUUUUGGAAUCUUCCUCAAGCCUGCCUCCGUUGCCAAACGUCUGGUGAUGAUAAUUAUAUUUUCUCAUUUUACGUGAAGGAGGCAACCAAGCAUGAUCAACUUUACGUGCACUCAUGAAUAUAUAUGCUAUCUCCCCGCUUCUGGAUGCAUCUUGACCGAUUUCACGGCAACCGGAAUGCUUUAAAUUACGUUGUGGUCGGUUAUGCGUUUAAGGAGCUAUUGAUUUCGUGUAUGGGUUCUGUAUAGACCGCAAAUCUGCCUAUCUUACAAAAGCAGGGAGCGCCUGAAGUUCUUAAACCUUUGGUCUACUUAUAGGAGGCGUCUAGGUAGCGCAGAAGACAUUAAGGAUUUAAUGGGCGUUUCUUGUCGACAAACCUCGGGCCGGACAUGGAAAUACGUAUGCCACCGACUGCAGGUGACCCUUACGCUGAAUUCCAAGGGGAUACCUACUCCCCUGUCCUAACUAUAACGCUAACACUAAGCCUCCUAACUCUAACACCAAUCCUCACCCCCUGGAAUUUAACCCAAGGGAAUCUGCAAUACGGAUGCCUUUCAUUUCCAUAUCCAAACCUGAAAUUACUUGGCAGUCUGUUAAACACCCUAGACACCUUUUUGCCUAAUGACUACAGGAACUGUAGGGCAUCAGUUUGCGGAAAUGGGAAGAACACACCCCAAAAAACACGUGUCUCUUAACCGCCGACCUCCGGAAUGUGCGUCGAGUGCCCACUGGGGUGUGAACACCCACCCAACCCUAAUGGUAGGCAGAGGAGGCGCAACAAUUCCGUCCCCCCCCCGCCCCCCUCUGGGAACGCCUUUCUGCCCGUGUCAGUUCCAUGCUUGCAGUAAAAUUGUUUCUGGCCAUUGCGCCCGGACUUGCUUUGACUUCCUUCCACAGCCGUGCAGUUAGACUGAAUGUUAGCAGCCAUUUACACUGUUUCGCACCUGAGAGCUGACAUGCCCCAUUUGGUCAGACAAAACAGAUGCCCCUUUGUUAUGCAAGUCAUGUGCAUGUGUGUGUGUGUGUGUGUGUGUGUGUGUGUGUGUGUGUGUGUGUGUGUGCAUGGAAUGGAUGUCGAUUUUUCGCCGAGCGUCUUCUUCCCCAACCGCCCCCCCACCCCCGGCUGUUCGUGUUUGCAUUUGUGGACAUUCUGUCACCCGUCUGAGCUUUGUAUGUGUGUGUGCGCGUGUAUCAUUUUGACCUUCGCAGUGCUCCACUUUAAAGAGGCAGGCAGUGCUGCCAGGGGCUUAGUUCUUCAAUCCUUUCUAAUUCUGUUUUGAUGGCCGGACAAUUGGUGUAAAUGAAAAAGCACCCCAAUUUCAGUCGUACCCAAGCAACAGUCUUAGGACAGAUAUACUGCCUGGCUCAAGCUACACCAAUGCAUGCAUUUUUGCAUUGAGAUGGGUUAAUAGAGUUAGAUCCAGCAUAAUUUCGACUGGAAUUGGUGCCUCCUGCCAGAUGCCAGUCCGUCCUUCAUGAACUUGGGCUGGACGCUACUGCUUCCUGUUUUAGCGUCUUUGUCCACAGGGCUUGAUCCUUUAUAUCAAAACUAUGAAUCUCUCGGUCCCACGUCAACUAACUUUCACGCUUGCCAUGUCAUAUUUCAUAUUGACCCAACUAUGAAAAACUCGGCGCUUCGGUGGGAUUCGAAUCCACGACAAUAAGGGUAGGGCUUUAGUACAGCCAACGCUCUAACCACCUGAGCUACGAGGCCCCGUCAGACGACGCGGGUUUAAUCACAUUUGGAUUAACGUCUGGAGUCCACCAAAUGUGAUACAAUAACUUGACUGCCCAAGGAGGCUAUCCCAAGUAAUUCACCUAGAAUCCACCAGAUGACUACCAGGCUUACGUAAUUCAUGGAUUUUUGACAGAUUCUGAAUAAUUCAUAUUAACCCAACUGUGAAUUAUUCAAAAUCUGCCAAAACAUGUACGUAUGUCAUAUUUUCCCUGCUCUAGCAUUCCGGUUGACGGAGUUGACAUGUAUUCAACAAAAGGUCUUUGCAUUCAAAGCAAACGUUUACGACAUCUUUGUUGUGGACGACCUGCUGUCUGCCAAAUAUCGGACCGGUAGGACACACGGUUUAAAUCAUGGUUUUUACUUGGCCAGGAAUCUGGACACUCUGACGUCUGACCUCUUCAUCUGGUGCCCUCUGUUAUCAGGACUAGCAAUACAUUGUUGUACUUCCAGUUUGCUUCGGAUCUCCAGUGUAGGGCUUUCACAUUCGGCCAUCUAGCGGCCAGUAAUUAGUAAGUCAGGGCCUUAGAUCAGACCUCUAAGGUCAAAGCCACGGCCAUAUUCCGUUCUGUGUGCCUGGGGUGGAUCAACUGACCCCAGUUUCAAGUCACGUUUAUGCAGCUGCGUGUGGGUUAUGCCGUCAGUCAACUGAACUUUGCUCAGUAGACGACAGUUCGACUGUCGCGAAGGACGACUUCCACCGUCUUUCACCCACGGAGUGGAUGCAAAACGGUUUUUACGCCUGAAUUAGUUUGUAGUGAAGCAGACCUGCGCAGCGUCUGCUGCAUCUCCACUUACCCCACUCCACCUGGUUCCGAUGUUAUGACAAUGUCAAAACGAGCGGAGGUAAACGCUUACGCAGUGGUUAAAGAAGCUCAACGGCCCGCCGACGCGUGUCACGCACACGUCCUGGUCCCCAGUACACGUAUCAGACAUCUGUAGAAUCAGUUCGGGUGUCAGAAUGCCAAAAAGGUCACAUUUAGAAGGAGUAACUUCAGCCUGACUCUCGGUUCCCCAGUUGCGGCAAAACACACCCAUGAAGACCAAGUUAGCCCGCCGGUUGACAACCUUCCGAGCCAUGACGCCUGGCUUGUCAUGAUAGAUUCAAGCACAAGAGAUUUAUCAUAGUGAGGAAUGCGAUGGUGUGCCAUUAGGAUGGAUUUCUCAAUGAGCACAUAUUUGUUCGGCCGUCAGGAACGAUGGUGUCCACCCUAAGCCCCGAAGCAUGACGGGUGCGGAACGCUGACGUGCUUUAAUUAAUUCGAAGUGGUAGCGGACUUGCAUGGCGCCUGCUGCACUCUGUCCCCCCACCCUUCUUGGACCAGGGACAAGACUGAGUCAGGAGGACCGGAGCGACUGACAUAGCUGAAAACCCCAUGUUCGAGUCCCACAUAUCCUCGGCCCGUGCACGUUGGACCGGGCUUUCACAGAAACAAAAAUGAGGCCUACCCGGACCCAUCUUAGUGGGAGUGCCAAAGGAGCCAUUGCAGCUGACUCUCAGUCGUGGGAAUAGCACGUUAUCACGUCAGCUGACCGCUCUGCAAGCCAUUAAAUUUGACGCCUACCAGUAGCUUAAGAGCGCAUCCGGUUGUUUGUAGUGAGAAAAUGUGCUGAAAUGCCGUGUGCACGGUGUUCACAGACUCGAAUCUACUCCCUCUUCUGUAUUCCACGCACCAUUCCGCUGUCCGAGCCGGUCAACCAUCUGAUGCUGUGAUUGGACGCAAAUGGCUUGUCGGAUGGAAGUUCACGCCUAGGCGUACCACCACGCCUCCCCCUGUGCGGCAUUUGUUAUAGAUGCCUGUACUCUGGCCGGCCCACCUAAUUUGUCCCAUGCUCUAAUCUGACCUGCGUAUUGAACCAACGCAUCUCCUGCGUGGUCCGUUAUGAGGGCCCCAAUGAGCCCACACAAACCCACAUUGUGUGAUGAUUGACUUUCCUCCUAACAGUUGAUUCAUUUCUAAUGACAGGUUAUGCAGGGUGGGAUGAAAUGCCGUCUACUUUUGUCUUCUUUCUUGUCAGGCUACAUCUUCGAUGUCUUCGCCACCUACGAACCAGCAAUGCUUUUGGCCUCCUGCCUAUCCUUCGCAGGCUUCUUGCUCUUUGUUCUUUUCCACUGUGUUCGAACCCGGUCUUUGUCAGUCCAGGAGGAUGCACAGAAUGACUGCUCAUCUUCCGUAACUUUUUAG